GCAGCUUAUCCGGAGCUAGCAUCAAUAGUAUAAACAGUAUCAUAGGCUCUGGCAUUCUGGGAAUGCCAUAUGCAAUGCGUAGUGCCGGAUUACCACUGGGUUUUAUUCUUAUGUUUGGGGUUGCCAUAGUGACAGAUUACUCGCUAGUCCUUCUCAUUAAAGGCGGCCAUCUUUCCGGUACUAACACCUACCAAGACCUUGUGAGGGCAGCAUUUGGUAAGCCAGGCUACAUUUGGUUAUCAGCAAUACAGUUUCUAUAUCCAUUCAUUGCCAUGAUCAGCUAUAAUAUUAUCAUUGGUGACACAAUGACUAAAGUGCUCAUGAGGAUAUUCAGAAUUGGCUCGGAGCAUGUGUUAGCCAAUCGCUAUUUUGUUAUCAGCUUAUCAACAGUAUUAGUAACUCUUCCAAUAUCUGCCUAUAGGAAUAUAUCAAAGCUUGUUAAGAUUUCUGUCAUUUCAAUCGUCAUGGUUGCAUUUAUCGUUACUGUAAUCAUUAUAAGACUAGCCACCCUUGGACCGCAAAUACCACCUACAUCGCAUGCAUGGGAAUUUGCAAAUAUACAUUUCACACAAGCAAUAGGAGUCAUGGCAUUUGCGUUCGUUUGCCAUCAUAAUUCCUUCCUUAUCUACGAUUCCUUGGAAGAACCGACAGUAAAACGAUGGUCAAUAGUGGCUCACUAUUCAGUUUUCAUUUCACUCCUUGUAACUGCAUUGUUUGGUGCCUGUGGUUAUGCAACUUUCACCGGAUAUACGCAAGGAGACAUUUUAGAAAACUACUGUAGUGGUGAUGAUUUGGUUAACGCCGCUAGAUUUAUAUAUGGAGUAACUCUUAUGUUCACGUUCCCUAUAGAAUGUUUUGUUACAAGAGAGGUAUUAGACAAUAUUAUAUGUAACCUUGGUUAUGCAGAAAAACCACAGACAUUAACAAGACAUCUAGUAGAAACACUUAUAUUAGUGGCCUUGACUCUAGGCAUCUCUAUGUCAACAGAUUGUCUAGGAAUAGUCCUAGAAUUGAAUGGUGUACUGGGUGCGGUUCCUCUUGUAUUCAUACUGCCUGCUGCUGCUUACUUAAAACUAGAAGAAGGCAAACUGUACUCUUUGCAUAAAUUACCUGCAAUACUCAUCUGUAUUAUCGGUGUCUUUACCAUGGUGAUGGGAAGCGUAAUGUCUGUGAUUUUCUCCAAGAAUUGUAGUCAUGGUAGCGAUAUGUGGUAUUGCCACCAAAAUAACACCAUGCAUAACAUCUAUGUUGAUGGAAAUUACACUGAUACCUAUUUCUCAACUGCUCUUCCAUAG